UUUCACUUUAGUAGGUUUAGGUGUUAGAUCCUCAUCAUGCCUGAACCCGCCAAGUCGGCGCCGGCCCCGAAGAAGGGCUCCAAGAAGGCGGUGACCAAGGCGCAGAAGAAGGACGGCAAGAAGCGCAAGCGCAGCCGCAAGGAGAGCUACUCGGUGUACGUGUACAAGGUGCUGAAGCAGGUGCAUCCCGACACCGGCAUCUCGUCCAAGGCCAUGGGCAUCAUGAACUCGUUCGUCAACGACAUCUUCGAGCGCAUCGCGGGCGAGGCGUCCCGCCUGGCGCACUACAACAAGCGCUCGACCAUCACGUCCAGGGAGAUCCAGACGGCCGUGCGCCUGCUGCUGCCCGGGGAGCUGGCCAAGCACGCCGUGUCCGAGGGCACCAAGGCCGUCACCAAGUACACCAGCUCCAAGUGAGCCCGCCAAAUGCAGAGUGCUCAAUGCUAUUGGGAAUCCCAGUUGAGCUAGAGGCAAUCAGCACAAGUCUUGGAAGAUCAAGAAAACACGUUGCAAGUGGAGGAAGACCUCCAUGGGCGGAUUCGUGAAAAAGAUCAGGCUGAGUUUGGAGUCCAGUGUCAGCCCACUGGUUUUAAUGUGCAUUCCAAGUCUGACCAUCCGGUAUACAAGUUCAAGUCUUCCCUGCCUCAGUCCUGGCUUUUAUGCUCUUUUAUCUUAGUGGAUUUUCUCAACUCCUUCAAUCAUUUCGUCAACUCAUUGUUUAUGUGUCAAACCUCCUGUAAGAUUCAGUGUUGCUUUUAUGCUAAAAGCUCUGCUCUUGCAUUUCAAGAAACCCUGACAGGUUCCUCGGAGCCUUCCAAGUCUGAAAUGCCUACCUCACUCAACUGGAUGUAUAUCAUUCAAUUAAAACACAAGGGUGAACCAGCCAUGGUCUUUGUUACUAGCACAUGAAAUCUUAUCUUGUAGAGGACAUGAUAAGGUACGCAACUACAAAACAGCAAUAAGACAUGCUUAAAAUUGGAGGGAUUUGAGGCCCACUACUUGGGCUGAAAUUUGUGUCAUCAUUUACCAGCUGGUUGACCUUAGGAAUUGUGAAGAACCACUUUGUUUCCGUACUCUUUCUUCUGAAAAAUGAUGACAGUGAUUAUUUGGAAACUCAGAUCUCUUACUUUUUAUUUUAAAUAGAUUAUCACACAAUUAA